AUGCCAAAAGCAAGACCUGGACCUGGUUCACGCAGUCAAGCAGCAAAGACCUCUUUCUCUUCGGGAGCUUUCGUAACGGCUAUAAAGAAUGCUACGCACCUCGUGAAAGGCUAUUGGGAUCGAUCCCUUCAACCCUCCUUGGCGUGGAAGGUCGCAAGAGAAAAGAAAACUAUUCUUCGUCAGCAGCUUUUUCAACCUACCCGAGGUAAGGAAGUAAAGCAACCAAUAGCCUUUUACCUACUAUGCCUUUCACCGGGUGAGCAAAAAGUAGUUACCUUUAGCCCGGUCUUCCUUAUUAAUUAUUGA